AUGGCGGGCCUUUAUGCAUCUCCAGGUCCACCGUUGGGAUCAGAGGGUAGGGACGCUAGCAGUGGUCGGACAUGCGAUUCUGGUCCAAAGGCGCUAAUUCGUCAUCUACAGGGUGAGCGGCCAACUCGUGAUCUACAGGGUGGCACGGAGCUAGAUUUCGGUUACUUAUUCGAGGACUUCGACAUGUCUCCGGCUCUGGGGCCCGCUCAGGAGACCGCUGAGGAGCCAUCUCAGGAGGAUUCUUACCAGCCAUCUCAGGAGCCCGUCGACACACAGGUUCUUUCUUCUGCGCUUGUGGACCCGUCUCCUGCUCCAGCACCAUCUACAUCUCCGGCUUCGGGGUUCGCUCAGGAGACCGCUGAGGAGCCCGCUCAUGAACCCUCUAAGGAGCCCUCUCGCCAGCCAUCUCAGGAGCCCAUCGACACACAAGUUCAUUCUUCUGCGCCUAUGGACCCGUCUCCUGUUGAGAUUGGCUCAUCUACUGAAGCUUACAUUUCGGCUACCGUCGUCUCCCAUAGGAAGCAUAUUUUGAACAAGCCCCCAAGGAAGGGAACGCAGGAUGAUCAUGCCAUAAAGCAUGUACGGAUUAAGAGGAAGAAGGGGGAUGGCGAUGAUGGUGAGGGUGGUGGGGUUCGCCUUAGGCCUAAGGUAAUUCUAAAGGCUCCCACAUGUGGGACCUAA